AUGAAGCUGCAAGAGAAGUUGAGUGUCAUUGUAAGCGUAGUUGAUAGCAUUGGGAAUGAUAAUCGAGCGGACGGUUUGAAAAUGGAGCCAGCAGCCAAGAGUAGCACGUUGGCAGUUCCCCAGCCAAUGGGGAAACGUGGUAGUAUGCAGCAGGUAUGGGAAUGA